AUGGACCCCAACGGCAACCGGCUGCACCUCAACUUUGGCAGCAAUGAGCGUGUCCCCGUACCCGACCGAACCUACCCCACGACCCCCUCCACCUUUCCUCAGCCCGUCUUCUCUCCCACCAGCGCGCAGCAAGCCCAAGCUGGCCUCCAGCAGCAGCCGCAACAACAACAACAACAACAACAGCAACAGCAACAACAGCAACAUCAACAACAACAACAUCAGCAGCAGCAGCAGCAGGCGUAUGGCGCUGGCUAUGCUCCCCAAGGCUACUUUGCGCAAUCCGCCGCCGCCUACCCUGCCGGCGGCUAUCCCGCUCAGACGGUGAGCAACGACUAUGCUCAUGCUCAGAAUGGCUACUAUCAUCCCCGUUCCAACACCCCCGGCACAAACGACCCCAACACCGGUCUGGCUCAUCAAUUCUCUCACCAGAACCUGGGUGGUGCCGCGCGAGCUGCCCCCCGGGGCCCUUCGCCUUCUCAGCGUCCCCGGACGGCCGGCAGCCAACCUCCCGGCUACACCAACUACUCCAACCCGCCUCCGCUGCCCACCCAAGGCGCACCGGCCGCCGGAGAGUUCCAGGUCGCUCCCGAGAGGAACCCAGAUCGCUACGGUCCCAAUGCCAAUAGCAACCAGAAGAAGUGCUCGCAGCUGGCUGCCGACUUCUUCAAGGAUAGCGUGAAGCGGGCCCGUGAGCGUAAUCAGAGACAGAGUGAGCUCGAGCAGAAACUGGCAGACCCCUCACAGAGUGCUGCUAGGAAGGAGCAGCUGUGGUCGACUGCUGGUCGCAAGGAAGGGCAGUAUCUGCGAUUCCUGCGAACCAAAGACAAGCCGGAAAACUACAACACGGUCAAGAUUAUCGGCAAGGGCGCAUUUGGGGAAGUGAAGCUGGUGCAGAAGAAGGGGGAUGGCAAAGUCUACGCCAUGAAAUCCUUGAUCAAGACGGAAAUGUUCAAAAAAGACCAGCUGGCCCACGUUCGAUCCGAGCGUGACAUCCUGGCCGAGUCGGACAGCCCUUGGGUCGUCAAACUCUACACAACAUUCCAGGAUGCCUACUUCCUCUACAUGCUGAUGGAGUUCCUGCCCGGCGGCGACUUGAUGACCAUGCUCAUCAAGUAUGAAAUCUUCUCCGAGGAUAUCACGCGCUUCUACAUUGCCGAAAUCGUCUUGGCCAUUGAGGCUGUCCACAAGCUUGGCUUCAUCCACCGUGAUAUCAAACCUGACAAUAUCCUGCUUGACCGAGGCGGCCACGUCAAGUUGACGGAUUUCGGUCUGUCCACUGGGUUCCAUCGGCUACACGACAACAACUACUACCAGCAACUGCUGCAGGGCAGAUCGAACCGACCUCGCGACAGAAACUCGGUCGCCAUUGACCAGAUCAACCUCACAGUCAGCAAUCGUUCGCAAAUCAACGACUGGAGGCGGUCACGGAGACUGAUGGCGUACUCGACUGUCGGCACUCCUGAUUACAUAGCCCCUGAAAUCUUCACUGGCCACGGAUACUCGUUUGACUGCGACUGGUGGUCCCUGGGCACCAUCAUGUUUGAGUGUCUGGUCGGUUGGCCGCCGUUCUGUGCCGAGGAUAGCCACGACACCUAUCGCAAGAUUGUCAACUGGAGGCAAACGCUGUACUUUCCAGACGACAUCACCCUCGGUGUCGAGGCUGAAAAUCUAAUCCGAAGCAUGGUCUGCAACACGGAAAACCGGCUUGGACGUGGCGGUGCGCACGAGCUCAAGAAUCAUCCCUUUUUCCGGGGUGUCGAGUUUGACAGCCUUCGUCGCAUUCGGGCGCCGUUCGAGCCUCGCCUGACAUCCAACAUUGACACCACCUACUUCCCCACCGACGAGAUUGACCAGACCGACAACGCCACCGUCCUCAAAGCACAGGCGCUGCAGCAGGGCCGCCAGAUGGAAGAGUCUCCAGAAAUGAGUCUGCCAUUCAUCGGCUACACCUUUAAGCGAUUCGAUAACAACUUUCGCUAG